CUGAUUGAACGUCAGUUUUGUCAGUUGGUUUGAAAAUUUGAAUGUUAUAUGCGUUUGUUGAAAUAGUUUUUGCUGUAAACCAAUUUUGACGAUUAAAAAGAGUAUGUGACUAUAAAUUAAGAUUGUUGUGCCGUUAAAAUUACUGUGGUGUGGAUAAGAUCUUGAAGGAAUCUAUAAAUAUGUAUUUUCAGAUAGAAAAUACUCCAGAGCGUAUUAAAAAGUCAAGAAGAAAUGAAAACAGUAAAAAAAGUCCGCCGAAAGAGGAAUGCCCCCGACUAGUUUUGGCUCCAUUUUCUCGGCCCCCUCAAGUUGUUUUCGAAAAUGUUCUCAUCGGGACGUCCUGUGAGAGAUGUUUGGAAAUAAUCAAUCCGCUGAAACAAAUUCAACAGCUAAUACUUGGCCGUUCUUUGCCACAAGGGCUUAUUAUAGAUUUGCCCGAUGAUGGCUUGUUCUUGGAACCAGAGACAUGCUACCUUCUUACCAUGGUGUGGACACCAUUGCAGCCGACUGCCCUCAGAGAAACUAUUCGUUUUACUAAUGAGAACAGGGGCAGGUUUGAUGUCCUUGUUGUACUUAAGUCUGUUAUGAACAUUAAAGGAAAAGUUUCAACAAAAACAUUGAAGAUAUCGCCAGGUAAGAUUAAAAAGAAAGCAUUAAAAAAGUCACCAGCAUGUGUAACUAAGAAGAGAGUGGAAGCUAUUUACAAAACACAAAGAAAAGUGGACACCACAGUUAAUGUGGUACAAUCAAUUCAACAUCGGACUUAUGAUAUAUGUGACAAGGAGAAUAUUUCAAAUGACGAGAACUGUAAUGAUCGCUAUGUAAGCAGGUGCCCAUUAGAAUUUUCUCCAGAUAGUGAUUUAAAAUUUGACAUAUCAGAAAUAUUCGCUAACGUGCGAAAGACUCGUAAAGACAACCUACCAAACAAUAAACCUUACGACACUGAAUAUGGCAACGAAUUUAACUCACCAAUGCAAAGAAAUAUUUUGAAACCAUCAAACAGACAAGAUCUAAAAACAUUUGCUGCAGAUAUUUUCGAUAACUUUACCUUUACACCCUUGAAGACAUUGCAAUCCAAAAAUGUAACAUUAGAUAAAGGUCCGAAAAUAGUACUCAGUGUAAACUCUGAUAGUGAAUUCAAUGACAGUCUUGAUAUUAAAUACCCUGACAAAGAAAAUGACACUAGAUCAAUAAUAUGCAUGACUUCAUCCCAGCCACCAAAUAAGUGGUUAACUGUAGACCAAUCGGCUCAUGAGAAUGAAGAAAUAGAAUCGCCGACAAAGAGUAAGAAAAUACCAAAUACAUCAUCCCCCAAGGAAAUAACCAGUCUAAAUUUUUCUAUUAACACCGAAAUCUCACGCAUCAGCGACUUGUCCUUUUUCCCUCAGCGGUUUUCAACCGAAAGAAAAGUACUACCUAAAAUUAAUAACGAGACCCAAGAACUAAUAAACGAUACAAAUCUAAACAUGAAGCUUAAUUCUGAUACAUAUACAAAGGAGUCUCCAAAUACUUUCUUAGAUUAUCCCCAAACGAAUUCGGAACUGAGACAUGAACCUUUCAGUAUUAGAGACCCAAAAUUAUGCAGACAAGCUUUGUUUAAGGACAAUCAGUGUAGAGAAAGUUUUGAUAGGAGAUACGGAAACUUUUUUGAACAAAAUAGAUACAGUGAUCUGAGAUUAGACAGAUCUCCACCUAGAUCUAUUACUCCGCCUCUACAAUCGAUACCAGAAGAGAGUGGUAUAGCUUUCCACUCGCAGUCAUUUAAUAAAACAGAUAAUCAGAUGGCGACAUUUACCAUUAACCGUACAUUCGACAAAAAUGUUGAUAAAAGCGGUGUAUCAGGACUUGCAAAGCAAACGUGGUCCAAGAAAUCUAUCAAUUGUGAACCAGAGCUAUGGAAAGUUCCUAUUGCAGUUGUCAAAAAAGCUGUGAAAAGUAAAAAUAAAAUUGAUAUCGACGAAAGUCGAACAUCAAGUAAAGUAUCAAGUACACGAUCGGAGGCGAAUAAAAGUAUAAAUCAAAAUAUUUCUUUAAAUCAGGUGGGAAACGUGUAUUCUCAAUCGUUUACUGUCGAUCCAUUUUCGUCCUCAACUUACUUCUACGACGUGGAGGCUGUAGAAAAGAUCGAACAAGAGUUUAAAAGAUGGCUUAACUAUAUUUUAACACCUCCGGCCGAUCUCGAUAGUAAUGUUGAGCAAAAGAUAGAUUUCGGCAAAGCGUGGAUUGAAAAUAGAAAUAAAGAAAUCCCUGUUGCUCCUACAAAAGAGCAAGUCAGCAGCACCUAUCACAACAGUCACAGGUUGAUGAGUCUGCGACGAUCUGCGAGAGCUUUAUUGAUGAGCCCAGAAAUAUCGCAAGUGUUCGUGAAACUAAAUUUACAGAUCGAUAAAAAAUUAAUUGCAAUAAGAAACGAUCGCAAUCUUCAUUUAGAUGUAGGAUUACAAAAGAUCAUAAUGGAAUUGAUAUUAUCGUACAAUCCGUUGUGGCUUCGUGUCGGUCUGGAAGCUAUUUACGGAUUCGUCAUACAGAUGAAAUCAAAUAAUGACAUCGAAGGCCUUACUAUCUUUAUUAUUCAGAGAAUGUUCAAAAAUCCACUUCUUAAAAAUAAACAUUCAAAAUCGAGCGCUCCAAAUAUGCUUUUGCCUGCUUACAUGGAAGCUAUUAAAAAGUUUACUCUAAAAAAAUUCUUCAUGUUGGUAUUCUUCCUGGAUCAAGCAAAGCAGAAAAGAUUGAUACCUCACGAUCCUUGCUUAUUCCGUAGAAACGCUGUAUGCAAAGAUAGUCGAGAAAUUUUAAUCCGUUUUACGAGGGAGCUGAUUGCUGGUAUUGGCGAUAUCACCAAACAUUUACGGCCUCUCGGUUACGUUGUGUGCCAUAAACAAUCAUACUUAGAUGAGUAUAAAUACGCUGUUCACAAUAUCGCUGUCGACAUCAGAGACGGAGUGAGAUUGACCAAAGUCAUGGAAGUAAUUCUGAUAAAGAACGGCUUGUUAAGUCAGUUGCGAACUCCGCCAAUAUCACGCUUGCAAAAAAUACAUAACGUUCAAGUAGCUCUGAAUGCAUUGAAAGAAGCUAAUUUUGUUAUCGUUGGAGAUAUAAAGGCUACGGAUAUUGCCGAUGGGCACAGAGAAAAGACACUAUCGUUACUCUGGCAGCUGAUACACGUGUUCCGUGCUCCUCUGUUUAUGAAGGCGGCCAAUGUUAUACAGACAUGGUGGAAAAAGAAAUAUGCCGUUGUGCUGGAACGAAAGAAAAAAGAGCAAGCGGUGCGAGAUAAGUUAAAUAACGCGGCGAGUGUUAUUCAAGUUUGGUGGCGUAGAAUCCAAUACAACCGCAUGGUGGAGCUAAAAAUGCAACAACUAACUUACGCAACCAUCAUCAUACAGAAGUUUUUCCGAAGAUGGUUAUGUCGUAGUCGAUACCAGAACAUGAAAAGGAAUGUACAAAUAAUAGAAGAAUGGUAUUACGGUAUUCAAAAGAUAAGACAAGCGAGGGAAAUUCUAAAAGUCUUGCAAUUAAGACAAGCCGAAAAAAGAUAUCAAGCAGCGAGAAAAAUUCAAGCGUAUGUGAAAGGUUGGAUUUGCAGAAGGCGUUACCAAAAGACAGUGAAAAAUAUAAUUCUUGUGCAAAGCACGAUUCGUUGCUUUAUUGAAAGAAAACAAUUCAUGCGCUUGAAGAAAUCUGUUUCCUAUAUUCAAGAGAAGUAUAAAGGCAAGAUACAGAUGAGGGAACAGAUGCGUAUAUUAGCUUUAAAAAUCAAAAGUAUUAUCAUCAUUCAGAAUUAUUAUAGAAUGGCCAAACAAAGGAGACAAUUUUUAGCUUACAAAAAAUCUGUGUCUACAAUUGAAAAUCGUUACAUUGCAUUACUUAAAAUGAGAGAAGCAAGACACAACUAUUUGCACUUAAAACAGACAACUGUAAAAGUCCAAGCUGUAUUCAGAAUGAAAAAAUGUCGUUCACAAUACAUUCGAAGUAAAACUUUGAUCAUCAAUUUACAAAGAAGGGUAAAAGGUAGACAACAAAUGUUGAAGGAUAGAGAAUCCUAUUUGAAGAUCAAAACAGCUGUAAGCAAUAUACAAAAGCACACUCGAGCAUAUUUAACAAUGAAGAAAGAAAGGUCAGCAUACGUCUUACAACGUACCUCUGCUAUUAAAAUUCAACAUUAUUUCCGUUCGUAUUUAAUCGCUAAAGAAAUGAGAACAAAGUAUCUACACUUACGAAAUUCGGUAAUUAAAAUACAAACUUGGUACAGAAGUGUUAUGAAAAUUCGUCAAGAAAGAAAAGAAUAUGAACAGAUUAGAAAUGCAACUAUAACUUUACAGAGACGUUAUCGAGCUCUUGUAAUGAUGAGAGUUUGUAAAAACGAUUUUGUAAAAUUACAAAAAGCUACCAUUGUUUUACAAACACGAUACAGAGCUAAAUUGCAAAUGCGCGAGGAACAAUCAAAGUAUCUCAAAAUUAGGACAUCUUGUAUUAUUAUUCAAAAAUAUAUUCGAGCAUACUUAGCAAUGAAGAAAGAACGAGCGGCGUACGUCCUCCAACGGAAUUCAGCUGUGAAAAUACAACAAUAUUUCCGGCUCUAUAAACUCGCAAAAACAGAGAGAUUAAAUUAUAUGAAGAUACGAACUUCUGUUAUUAAAAUACAGACGUGGUACAAAAGUGUCUUGUUAAUGCGUCGCUGCAAAGAUCAAUUUACACAAAUAAGAAAUGCAGCUCUAAUUUUCCAAAGACGUUAUCGAGCUCUUACUAUGAUGAGAGUUUGUAAAAACGAUUUCAUAAAAUUGCGAAACGCAACAAUUGCUGUACAAACACAAUAUAGAGCUAAAAAAGUAAGAGCAAAGUAUAUAAAUUUACGAAUUUCAGCUAUCAAAAUACAAACUUGGUACAGAAGUAUUAUAAGUAUGCGAAGAUCUAAAAAGGAAUUUGAACAGCUUAAGAAUACAACUAUAAUAUUACAGAGACGUUACAGAGCUCUUAUGAUAAUGAGAAAUUGUAAAAACGACUAUGUAAAAUUGAAACACGCAACAAUUGUUUUACAAAAAAGAUACAGAGCUAAGAGGCAAAUGCGUCAAGAGCGGUCUGAAUAUCUUAAAAUUAAAACAUCUUGUACUAUCAUUCAAACACACAUACGUGCGUAUUUAGCAAUGAAGAAAGAGCGAGCGGUUUAUAUCUUGCAAAGAAAUUCUGCUUUUAUAAUUCAACAAUAUUUCCGUUCGUACCAAAUUACAAAGACUGUACGAACAAAAUAUUUGCUUAUACAAAAUUCUGUUAUUAAAAUACAAACCUGGUAUAGAAGUAUUAUGCAAAUGCGCGAACAAAGAAAGGAUUUUGAACAACUAAGAAAUGCAGCUAUAACUUUGCAAAGACGUUAUCGAGCUCAAUUGUUAAUGAGAACUUGUAAAAAUGACUAUAACAAAUUACAAAAGGCAACAACUGUUAUACAAACCUACUACAAAGCUAAAAUACAAAUGCGAACAGUAAGAUCAGAGUAUACAAAAACGAAGACAUCUUGUAUUAUACUUCAAAAACAUAUUCGAGCGUAUUUGGUUAUGAAAAAGGAACGAGCUAAUUACUUAUUACGACGAAGUUCUGCUGUAAAAAUUCAAAAAUAUUUCCGUUUUUACCAAAUUGCGAAGGAAGAAAGAAUAAAAUAUUUACAUUUACGAAAUUCUAUUAUUAAAAUACAGACAUGGUAUAGAAGUAUUUUGGAAAUGCAUCGCCAAAGAGAGAAUUACAAUAAACUCAGGAAUGCAACUAUAAUUGUACAAAAACAUUAUCGAGCCCUUAUGUUGAUGAGAGUUUGUAAAAAUGAAUACAGCAAGUUGCAAAAAGCAACGACUAUAAUACAAACACGAUACCGAGCCAUCUGUAAAAUGCAUGAGCAUCGAACCAAAUAUCUUAAACUAAGGAUGUCUUGUGUGAUAAUUCAAACUGCUUUUAGGGCUUACAUAAAAGGUAAACAAGAAAGACAGAUAUAUUUAGAACAAAGACAAUCUGCUGUAAACAUCCAAAAUUGGUACCGAUCUUGCAAGAAAAGUAGAGAAAUCGUACAGCAAUGCUAUACUGAAUAUUUAGAUUACAGAAAGAAAAUAAAAAUAGUACAAUCGGUCAUACGCAUGUACAUCCAGCGUAAACGAUAUUUAGAAAUAAAACGAGCUACAGUUACCAUACAAAGACAUUAUAGAUUGUAUAAACUAACGACGACACAAAGACUACAAUACUUACAAAUCAGAAAAAAUAUUAUAACUAUCCAAGCUCACGCGAGACGUUAUAUUCAAAGAAAACGUUUUAUGACACUCCGAUCGGCUAUUUUAUUUAUACAAGUCCAAUAUAGAUACAAGAAGCAAAGAGAAGUUCUUAAACAACAAAAGAUUUCUGCAGCAAUUUGCUUGCAAAAAAAUAUCAGAUGUUAUCUUGAGAAAAAACGUUACAAUAAUUUUAUUAAAUACGUAAAAUUAAUUCAAGAACUAUGGAAAGGAAAGCAAUUAACGAGAUCGAUCCGUUUUGAGUUUUUGAAGAAACGACAAUCAGCGAUAAAAUUACAGGCUGUGAUAAGAGGAUUUUUAGCAAGAAAGUGGUUCAUAGCUCAAAAGGAAAUGUUGAUUAAAAUGAAAGAGGAACAAAGGCGAAACUGGGCUGCUUCCAAAAUUCAGGCUCUUUUCCGCGGCCAUCGUGUCCGCAUGUCCAACAAGGACUCUCAGGUGGAGGAGCUUCGCAACAGAUGGCGCGGCGGUGCUCUGCAGUCGACGCAGGAGUCGCUUAAAGAACGUAAUGAUGACGCCAUGGAACAACUCAGGAAUAUGUCUGACAUAGAAUCCAUUAUUCGCACUUUUAGAUCACUGGAAUUGUUAACAGAAGUAUAUCCAAUGAUGUACCACAAUAACGCAUCUUCAGUGGUGGGUUAUGUAUAUGUGUACAUGAAUUUUAUGAAUCGAUCCAUCUCCAGUAUCGAAGUAUUGAAAUAUGCCACAGCUGUGCUGGUCAAUUUGGCCAGAUAUAAGGUCACUGGACCGAAAAUAUACAAAAGAGAUCGUAUACCGCCAAUUUUGAAAUUUAUGUUGAGAUUCAGUAGCAGUGAAACAAAGCUGUUUUGUAUUUUUUCAACUUACUUAUGGAUAUUCUCAAAAUACGAAACCGUAAAACAGGAUCUAACGGAAUUUCUCCACGUUCCCGAAAAUCAUAAAACACUGAUGACAAUAAAGAGUAAUGUGGACAGAAUGAAAAGAAUGACAAACAAUUCAAAACAUCGAUUCCAUACACCUCAGCCAUUCAAAACUAUGCCGCGAAUGUUUAAUCACCAUGGAGACAAUUUGAACCAUAGUGUAGCCAAUACAAAUAACAUUGGCAAGGCAAAGAUCGUACUACCCGCUCUAGAACCUUACUAUGGUAUCCAAAGAUUGGAAGCACCACAAUACUUUGAAGACUCCCAACAAGCUAUUGAUUGCUUGAUAAAGACUUACAAUUUAUAAUAUUUUAAUUCUAUGUAAUUGUUGUUGUAAGACUAAUAUAAAUGUUAGGUCUAAUAUAUUUCA